CUUCUGCUCUGGCUGUAGAUCGUUGACAGACAUUGAAGAGGGAACUGAAAAGUGAAAAAUUCUCAAAUCAAAGAAGGGACACGAACAGCGCUGACUCAAACCUGAGACCUCCCCAGACGUUGUUGCUGUAUGAAGGUGGAGUCAUUUAGAGAAGAGGAAGAGAAAUGAGGAAAAAACAAGAAGAGCAGCACAACUGGAGAGGACAGAUGGAUUGUCUGACAUGCGCCUGGACUGAGCAACAUUCCUAUUUAAGUCUUGAAUCCUGUUUUUUUCCUCAGAGUAAAAUCUGAAAACGCUUUUGAGCACAUGUGGAGUAUAGCUUUCUGACAGGUAGAUGGUAAACCAUUUUUUACUUCACUGGAGUUAAAAAUUUUUCUACUAAGCAUAUCAAGAAGUAUAUUUUCUUGGACAAUUGUUUUUUCUUCUUUUCCUUACAUUGCUUGGAAAUACAAGGAGUCCUUUUGGAGCAGCCAGGGCUAAUAAUUUAGAUGAUUAAAAACAAUAGAAAAAAGUUAGAAACUGUAAAGAAAAAAGACAAACAGGUUUGUUAAAGUAAAUAAAUUUAGUCUUUGACUGAAGACGUUCUCAUAAUCAGCCUUUGAAGAAAAGAACUACCAGCUUUAAACGCACAGACGUGUGAACAGGUAAAACAAGGAAAAAAUAAGUCGGAGGCAAAUCUUAAAAUUUCAUGCAGGUACUGAAUACUUUAGACCCUGCAGGGGGACCAUUUCAUCCAGUCUGGACUGUGGAGGGCUUUCCUUCCUGCCCUCCCAGUGUAUCCUCGCCCCCAGCAGCAUGUCCCAGGCUCUGAGGCUGCCUCCAGUCCUCCUCACAGCACACUACCAUGAUCAGAUGGGCUGCUGUAGGGAGUAAGGCUGCCUUUGCCUCGUUCUGCUCCAGGACUUGGUUAGGAGCUCGUUCUGGCUCUGAGGCCAGUUUUGGACAAAGGUCAUCAACACUGCUUUCCUCAUUGUCUUUUCCUAUACUGCUUACCUUGGUGCUUUUCUCCUUGUCCUUACCCGAGACUGCCUGCCAUCAACUCCGCAGAGACAGGCAGAGGUCCACAAAUCCGAAAAACCUCUGGGUCCCUCUGAACAAUUCAGAUUCUGAACUGAUUUCAACACCCGAGGCCACUGGGGGCCCCCAGGGUCGGACUGGAGGACCACAGGGAAGGCAUGUGCGCAGCUACAACCACCUUCAGGGGGACAUACGGAGGAGAAAGCUGUUCUCUUUCCAGAAGUUUUUCCUGAGGAUCGAUAAGAAUGGAAAAGUUAAUGGAACCAAGUGCAAGGAUGACCCAUUCAGUAUUCUGGAAAUCACAUCAGUGGAAGUGGGAGUGGUGGCCAUCAAAGGUCUAAACAGCAACUACUAUCUGGCUAUCAGCAGGAAAGGAGAGCUGUACGGAGCGAGAGAGUUUGGCGUCGACUGCAAACUGAAGGAGCGUAUUGAGGAGAAUGGCUACAACACUUAUGCAUCAGCUGAGUGGAAGAACAAGAAGCGGCAGAUGUUUGUGGGUCUAAAUGUUCAUGGGAAGCCGAUGAGAGGAAAGAAAACCCGCAGGAAGAACAUGGCCACCCACUUCCUUCCAAUCAUGGUGUGACCCUGGGUGCCCACUUGGAGCAGGAACAGACAGAUACAGCACUGGACAGAGAGGUUUUCAAUACUGAGCAGCCGUGAAAAUAAAGACAUGCGUUUGGAAAUCUCUUAUUUUAAAAUAAAAGGCACUAACACUGUCACAAACUCAAGGUCUCUACUUUGACUGAGAUUGUGGAUUUCAUCAGGUGAGAGAAGAUGAGCUGCGUUUUUAAUGGGCACCAAAUGCAAAGUUUAUCCUUUUACUACUGUGCCAAACAGUUUGCAGUUGGAUAUGGGCUCAAAUAAAACUCACUGAACUUUUGAGCUUGUAUAUCAAUCAAUGUCAUGUGGUUUUGUUGUUGUCCACUACUCCAGAGGUCCUUAAAGUGAUUAUUUAGCACCCCUCAACUUCAAAAGAUACACUUGUACAACUUCUUUAGACUUAGAGUAGUAACAGAACUCAUCACAUAUUAAACUGAAUGGUUACCUUUCAUUUACACAUCAUCAAUUACAACCCACCUGUGUCAAAGAAGCACUGGUGGCAUCCCAUAAAAGACAGGCUCAUAAUUUACACAUGUAACCUCAGAGUCACAUGUAGUGUGGGAACUUUGUGCUCUGAUUUUUAUACACAGUUUUCUGCUUUGUAUCUGUGAACAAAUGCUCACAAAAGCACUUCUAUAUCCUUAAUGUCUUGUGUGACUAACAAAUCUCUUCUUCACACAUGGAAACCUGAAUCUCCCAGACAGAUUUAUUCCACAGGGUGAGAAAGUGUCAUUUACAAGUAAAACCUCUGGAGAAAUUUGUGAGCAUUGAUUUUACAAGAUAAAUAUUUAUGAGUCUAUUUGAGCCCAUAGCUGGAGUACGAGUGAAAGGACAACACAGAAGAUACUAAUCCAGCUAAAGAACUGUAGAAGUAUCUAAAGGUGUUCUCUGCAAGCAAAAUUCUCCAGUGAGAUGCAUAAAGGGAUGACUAAGCUGAAGGAAAUGAACAAUAAGACUAUCAUGACAACCUUAAAUAUUAGAGGAAAGCAUACCUUUUAAGCAAAUGUUUGAUACUUAACCACUGUGUUUUGACUGAAUUGUAAUGAUUUAUUUAUUUUGUGAGAUAUUUAACUGGAAAGAAC